CUCUCUCUCUCUCUCUGUGACAAAGCUUUGAUUCCUCUAACAAAAAAUACGGAAGAGAUAGAGGAGAAGAUAAUCUUUUUUCUUUUGAAAGGAGUUUAAUUGCUUCCUUGGUUUGGAAAAAAAAAACACUGCUUGAACUUCCAGGAACAAAGGGUGGUAGAGUAUUAGCAGGAGAAAAGCUAGACAGCUUGGCCGAGAUUGGUGAGAUGGGUUUCAGGGUUCUUCAGUGUCUGAUCCUCCUCAUGUGUUUUUUCCUUUGUUCAGGAACAUUGGUAAGAGUAUCAUAUGAUGGGAGUAAUUCUUCUUCUUCUUCUCCAGCAGAUCUCGUACAGCUUCUGAAACGAAACAGCAUAUCUCAUAUCAGAAUUUCCAACAAAAAUCACGGAUUACUAAGUGCAGUUUGCGGGAACAGAAUAGAUGUGGAUUUAUUGGUGAGUAUGAAAAAUAUAGAAGCUGUAAGCAAAUCUAGAGCUCUUGCAGUCGCUUGGGUUCAGAGAGAGGUUUCAAGCUUCAUCGGCUGUACAACCAUUACCAUUGUUGUGAGCAGUGAAUCAAUGAAAGAGGACCAUCUCCCCAUGCUCUUGCCAGCCAUAAAGGCCGUUGAUUCAGCUCUUGUGUCUCUGAAAGUCAAUGGAUCCAUCAAACUGUCGGCUUCUUUUUCAUUGGCUUUUAUUGAAGAUUGUUUUAGAAUACAUUCAAUCCAUUCGUUCCAGAACUUCAUGAAUGCUUUAGUCCAAGUUACGGAUUUUCUACGUAAGGCUAAAUCCUGCAUGAUAUUAGAUGCUUUUUGUGAUGAUGGAUUGAGCCUGGAUGAUUGUUUGAUCAGGUUGAGGAUCCGUGCCACCUCCGUUCUUCCUGAUCAUGAUAUCCCACUUCAGAUCAAUGUACGAAACUUGCCAUUUUCUAGUCCCAUCAAUGGAGUCAAGCUACGCGACCAAUUAACAAGUCAAAUUGGGAGCAGUAACCGCAUUAGAUUACUUUCUCUAUUUAUAGAGAAACCUUCUACCAAAAUGCUCAAAAAGAAAGAGCUGAGUCGAGAAGAAGAACGGGCAUUCACAUAUUCUCACAGAAAGCUCAUCGGCAGCAAGGUGCAAUCCAGUGCUUCCGUCCGUCAAUUGGACGUCAUCACUCCAUUGGCGACAGUUCCUGUGGUCAAUCCUACGACCCCAACAACUACUCCUGUAGUGAUCCCACUUGCAUCUCCAGAAACUCCGUCGACUACAACAGGGACGCCUGUCACAAAUCCGAAUACAUCUCCAACAACAGCAGCUCCCAUGUCAUCAGGUCAGAGCUGGUGCAUUGCGAGCCAAACUGCUUCACAGACUGCUUUGCAGGUCGCACUUGACUAUGCAUGUGGGUACGGUGGAGCAGAUUGUUCAACAAUCCAACAAGGUGGAAGUUGUUACAACCCAGAUACAGCCCAUGAUCAUGCAUCGUAUGCAUUCAAUAACUAUUACCAGAAGAACCCAGUUCCUACUAGCUGCAAUUUCGGGGGAACGGCUGUGCUUACCAACAUCGAUCCAAGUACUUCUACAUGUCAGUUUCCUUCGACUAGCACAAGUUCAUCUGUUUUAAACACAACCAACCCAACCGGAUCGGCAGUUUUCGGAUCAGGACCUUCAAGUUCAAGCAAUGUGGCCCCUACAUCCCCAAGCUGGCUACUUUUCUUCACUUUAGCAUGCCAUCUAAUGCCGCUGAUUGGCGCAAAUCAUCUAUAAGCAGCUACUAUGCAGGCACCACUAUAAUCUACAGAGAGAAGGCAGUUCACUCAAUUGCCUGCUGAUUACCAAGUUUUGCAAGCAUGCAUUCAUGGAGGAGCUGUUUAAAGGAUCAGUGAAGGAACACAUUUUCUCCAGGCGUUCCUUCUCAACAUUGAAGAAUCAAAAUAGACAAAUGCCUCUCAAUCCAUGAAGCAAAAAAACCAUAAGCCGGAGUGAUAGCUAGUUGCAUCAGUACAUACUGUAGAAAAUUCUUAUUAGCUUUCUGUACUGAACCUACUGUCGAAGAAAUUUUUUUCAAGGAUUUUGGACUCUUCUUCA